UCCAACUGUCGUCUUAUUCGCCGACGCUGCUGUUCUGCCUGUCUCUUUCUUUUCUUCUUUUCCUUUUUCUCUUCUCUUUCAUUCUCUCUCACCUCUCUGCCAUCCUCACAUUUUAUAUCUCCAUCUCUACUGGACUCUCUGAUUCCUUUUUCAUCCGUCCUCUCUCCAGAUAUCUCUUUCCCCUGUAAUUGCGUCGUUUUGGCUCCAAAUUCAAUUCUAUCAACUCACAUCUAUCCAGGCCCAUCAUUUCACAACUCAUUCCGAACUUUGACGCGAUGAACUCAAUGGGAGGCAUGGGAGGUCCCGCUGAGGCUCCGAGACGGGCACAUUUAUAUGUCGGGAAUCUGAGUCCUCGGGUCACCGAGUAUAUGCUCACCGAGAUUUUCGCCGUCGCAGGCCCUGUUCAGCACGUUAAAAUCAUUCCCGAUCGCAACUAUCAACACGGUGGUCUUAAUUAUGGCUUUGUUGAAUACAUGGACAUGCGUGCUGCCGAGACUGCCCUCCAAACUCUCAAUGGGCGUAAAAUAUUUGAUACGGAAAUUCGCGUUAAUUGGGCUUACCAAGGCCAACAAAACAAGGAAGACACCACUGGUCACUAUCACGUCUUCGUUGGCGAUCUCAGCCCCGAAGUCAACGACGAGAUUCUCGGUAAAGCAUUCAGCGCGUUUGGAACUAUGUCUGAUGCUCGCGUUAUGUGGGACAUGAACUCUGGGAAGUCCCGUGGUUACGGAUUUUUGGCUUUUAGAGAUAAAACCGACGCGGAGCAGGCUAUUGCCACAAUGAAUGGAGAAUGGCUUGGUUCUCGUGCAAUCCGUGUCAACUGGGCCAACCAGAAGACUCAAGGCAGUGUCGCAGUGGCAUCCCCGCCUCGUCCAGGUGCAACCGGCGGUGCUCCCGCUCCUAUCAAUUUUCAGGGUGGACCCCUUUCCUAUGAUUCUGUAGUACAACAGACACCCUCCUACAAUUCCACAGUUUACGUCGGCAAUCUUGUCCCGUAUUGCACUCAAGCCGACCUUAUUCCACUAUUCCAAUCCAUCGGAUAUCUCUCCGAAAUUCGCAUGCAAGCUGACCGUGGAUUUGCGUUUGUCAAGCUCGACACUCAUGAACAUGCUGCCAUGGCUAUUGUGCAGCUCCAAGGCCAGAUGGUUCAUGGAAGACCCAUAAAAUGUAGUUGGGGUAAAGACCGAGCAGAUGGCACGACAGCUCAGCCAGGUGGUCCGCUCAGUCCUACUCCUGCGUCUGCUCCAUACGGAAAUCUUCCUAUGUACGGUAUGCCUCAGCCAAACACCUAUGGACAAUAUGGCUUUGGUGGUUAUGGUGGUUUUCCUAAUCAAGCUGGCAGCACCGUUCCGGCAGGGAUGGCUCAGCCUGCCGCUUCUGGAGGUGGUGCUCCUGGUAUUGGUAGCAUUGGCAUGGCCGCUGCCACGCAAGCUGGUGCUGCGGAUCCAAAUGCAAACGUAGCCGGUGGUCAAGCUGGACAGGUUCAGUGGCCAGGAGGUGACCCGAGCUCUUAUUAUUCCAAUUACUGGGGUGGUUACUACGGCCAGCAAGGGUCGCAAAUGCCAACAGACGGCCAGCAUCAGGGUACUGCUUAAAGAAUGUUUAUUCAAAGAAGACGGCUCAGCUUUUGCGUUCGAUGAUUUCCAAUGUCUCCUGUUUUUGUUAUCCUGGUAUUUUCCCACCAGAUAGUUCCUGCUUUUCUCGUCGUCUUUAUAUGCUUAAGCUUGUGAUAGAAGUCUCGUUAUGCAGCUGUAGCGAAGAAAAAAUUGGCUUGUUUGGACCUUUUUGUUGCCCUCUGUAAUGUUUUUUCGCUGGGGUGUCACAUGAUACUUGUUCGGUAAAAGGUGCUUUUACUUAAUUAUGUGAAAUAUUUACGGCAUCACCGUUGGGCACGUAAUCAGUUCAGUAAUUGUUGUCAUCUGG